AUGAAGGUCCUUGGUGUCGUUACCUCGUUUCUUAUAGCCAAGGCAGCGGCACAAAAACAACCACCAGGUAUAACAGAGCCCAUCGUGGAGGACUGCGGCUUCGGUGGCUCUGUCGUCUGCGUGAAUAAAUAUGCGGCUGUACUUCCAUAUCAUUUCAACCGCUCUAUAACUUCACUGGAUGCAGAGUAUGACUUCCGCAACACCAGUGUACCAAACGCCCCUUCUUUCUCACUCCUCCAGAAUGCCUCCUUCGUGGUAUUCGAUCGAGAACGCGGGUUACAAUACCUUGGGUCGGAACCGAAGUUGGAGUUCAUGUUUCCACUCGGCAAUUCAGUGCAUGAGGCACCUGUCUACGUGCCCGGUCUGAACAAGCUGUUCAUGUCUCAACUGCCGCCACAAUUGGCGCCGCUGAGCAACAUGUCCCAAUAUUUGCCGCAACUCAUGGUCGACCUCAACCAGGAACCAUUGACGCUGCAGGAAUAUGUGACGGAUCCUCCGAUCUUCGCGCCAAACGGCGGUGUCUAUCACAACGGGCAGAUCAUCUGGGCAUCCAGCGGUGGCUUCGACAAUCUCAAUGGCACGGAGCAGCGUAUCGCGCUCCACACUGUGAACCCUACCACUAACAAGUCUAGUGUUAUCCUCAACAACUAUUUUGGGUUUUAUUUCAACAACAUGGACGACGUCACCGUCCACCCAACGUCAGGCGACCUCUUUUUCACGGAUCCCGACUAUCCAUGGUUCAACGGCCGUGUGGACACGGCUCCUCAGAUCCCCACAGCGUCCUACCGCUUCAACCCCACCACAGGGGCUCUAUUCCUCAUCGACGAUACUAUCGAACAGCCCAACGGCAUCGCUUUCUCGCCAGAUGGGAACACUUUGUACAUCUCCGAGACAGGGUCGUUGACCGGUAGCAUCGACCCCGCGGUCGGGCCGGGGACCAAGCACUACAACACGACGGGCAAACGAUCGAUCUACGCCUUUGACGUGGCCAACAACGGCACGAAAAUCAGCAACAAGCGGUCCUUUUACCAGGCGCAGAACUACAUCCCGGACGGCCUCAAGGUCAGUCGCGAAGGGCUCGUCGUCACCGCCACGGGCCACGGCGUCGACGUGAUUGACGACAUGGGCCAGCUCCUCGUCAGGGUGCAGACGAACCACUCGGUGGCGAAUGUCCAAUUCACGGGGCCGAAUCUCGACACUCUGUGGCUCAUGGGUAACAAGGGCAUCAGCAGGGUGCAGUGGAACAUCACGGGCCAGAUUCCAAAGUAG